CAUGGAACUCAAUCUUUCUCGUUGGUUUUUGCACUGAAACGCCGAUCUGAUUCUCUCUGAUUUUCACUACUAAACGAGUUGGAUGAACGAAAGGAAUGACCUAUGCUUAUGUGUUUCCAUUUGUUUCUAUACAUACACUUUUUUUUUUUUUUUUUUUAUUUUUUUUUUGCCUCUUGUUCUGCCGUCCUGUGCCUCUUGCGCUGAUGUUUCUCUGCAAACCCUUCUCACCAUGACUUUGGUGUUAGGAGCUUUUUUUUUCUCUCGAUUUUCUUCCGAUCUGAAUAUGUGGCAAGGCGAGGCGUUACUUGAUGCUGUUACUUCGAGUUAAGACACUACUUCUAUCUACCAUUCAUCACUUCUCUUCGG